AUGGACGCGGCGAGCUUGACGGCCAAGAUCGCGGACCAGGGCGCCCUCGUCCGCGACCUCAAGGCGAAGAAGGCCUCGAAGGAGGAGGUCAUGGCGGCGGUCGCGGGCCUUCUCGCGCUCAAGACGACCUUCAAGGAGGUCACGGGCGCCGACUACGUCGACCCGAACGCCAAGCCGGCGGCCGAGAAGAAGCCCAAGGCGGCGGCGCCUGCGCCGCGCCCAGCCUGCCCGGAGACGCACACGAUCUACUUUAGCGCGUCGCACUUGCCGCUCAUGUCGUUUGUCGUUGCGACGCUCAUCAAGAGCGAGCUCGAGUGGCAAGAACAUCAACGGCGACGCGGCCAUCACGUCUGCCGCGUCUACCCCGACACGGGCCUCUACGGCGUGGCCAAGGAGCCGGUCCUCCUCUCGGAGAUUGACGCGUGGGUCGACUAUGCGCUCGGCCACAUUCGGUCGGCGACGGUCCACACGACCGCGGCCUUCCUCGACGCCGUCCUCGCCGAGCGCACGUUCCUCAUUGGGUUUGGCCUUACGCUCGCGGAUAUCGCUGUGUACACGGCGCUGACGCUUGUCCAUUACGCACCGGCGACGACGCUGCCGCACCUCUCGCGCUGGUGUGCGUACCUGGCGUCGCAGUCGGUGUUUGCGUCGGCGAAGGCGACGCUCUCAGCGAUCAAGCCGGCGCGUGCCACGGGCAAGCCGCCGAAGGAGUCGCUCCCCGAGAGCCAGAAGGGCAAGACAACGGGCAACUGCCCGCCGUUGGAGGGCGCGAUCGUCGGCCAGGUCGUCACGCGCUUCCCGCCCGAGCCGAGUGGGUACCUCCACAUUGGCCACAUCAAGGCGUGCUUGCUCAACGACUAUUACGCCCGCGCGUACGAAGGCAAGCUCAUCGUGCGCUUCGACGAUACGAACCCGUCGAAGGAGAAGGACGAGUUUGAGCAGGCCAUCUUGCAGGACCUUGCGCGCCUCAACAUCAAGCCCGACAUGGUCACGUACACGUCGGACAGCUUUCCGCAGAUCACCGAGCUCGCGCGCCAGCUCAUCCGCGAAGGCAACGGCUACAUGGACAACACGUCGCAGGAGGUCAUGCGUGACGAACGCAUGCACGGCAUCGAGUCCAAGUGCCGCAACCAGGACGUGGCCACCAACAUGGAUCUCUUUGAGAAGAUGCUCCUCGGCGACGCGGCCGCCGACGGCUACUGCCUCCGCGGCAAGGUCGACAUGCAGGCCAAGAACAAGACGCUGCGCGAUCCAGUCUUUUUCCGCUCCAACGCGACGCCGCACCACCGCACGGGCACCAAGUACAAGGCCUACCCGACGUACGACUUUGCCUGCCCGAUCGUCGACUCGAACGAAGGCGUCACGCACGCGCUCCGGACGACCGAGUACAACGACCGCGACGCUCAGUACCAAUGGGUGCUGGACGCGCUCAAGCUGCGCAAGGUCCGCAUUCACUCGUUUGCGCGCAUGAACUUUGUGCACUCGGUGCUCUCGAAGCGCAAGCUGCAGUGGUUUGUGGACCAGGGCGUCGUCGAGGGCUGGUACGACCCGCGUUUCCCGACGGUCCAGGGCGUCCUCCGCCGUGGCGUGACGGUCGAAGCGUUGCGUGAGUUUAUCCUCUCGCAAGGCGCGUCGCGUCGCAUUGUCGACAUGGAGUGGGACAAGUUUUGGACCAUCAACAAGCGUGUGAUCGACCCGAUUGCGCGCCGCUUCUUUGCGAUUGACGCCAACCGCGCCGUGCGCCUCAACGUGCACGGGCUUCCGUUCUCGGGCGUCCAGGGCCUCCCGACGCCGCUGCACCCGAAGAACCCGGAGCUCGGCCACACGGUCAAGCGCCUCUCGUCGUCGCUCUUGAUUGAGCGGGACGAUGCCAACCACUUUACGAUCGGCGAAGACGUGACGCUCAUGCGCUACGGCAACGUGACGAUCACGGCGAUCAACAAGAACAGCGACGGCGAGAUCGUCUCUGUCGACGCGAAAGACCACCCGGAAGGCGACUUUAAGAAGACGAAGCUCAAGAUCACGUGGCUGGCCCAAGUCGACGACAUUGUGCCCGCGACCUUGGUCGAGUUUGACCACCUCAUUAGCAAGCCCAAGCUCGAAGAGAACGACAACUUUGUCGACCACUUGACGCCGGUCACGCGCGCCGAAAUGCACGCACUCGGCGACCACGGCCUGCGCAACCUCCAGUACGGCGAUGUCAUCCAGCUCGAACGCCGCGGCUACUUCCGCGUCGACGCGCCGUACGUCUCCAAGGACAAGCCGCUCGUGCUCUUUAUGAUCCCCGACGGCAAGCAGCGCGCCAUGUCGACUCUGUCGACCAACCUCGCGCAUCGCUAA